AUGGACGCUCUUGCCAAUCUCAAAAAGGGAGACUCUCCAACACUCGCUCUGGUGCACCCCACCGAGGAAGAGAAGUUGUAUCAGUUCAAACUCAACAGCGCUGAAUGGCGUGGAGCCCUCUCUCCUGAAGCAUACCUCCGUCGCGAGGAGGUACUCUCACAUCAGGCGCUCACAAAGGACGGCGGCAUCUCUUACUGGAUUCUUGUCGACACCUCUCUGCCCAACAAUCCAUUAGAGCCCGAUUCUGGCAUGAGACUACCGCUUGCAAGUUGCGAAUCAUUUCGAAAGAAAGCGUUGGUAUGGCAGAAUGGGGAGUUGCAAGAAGUCAUCACACAUUGUAUCGGAAGCGUGUUCUGUGCACAUCACCUGAGAAAGAGAGGGUACGCGCAAAGAAUGAUGCAGGAAAUGGGCGAGAUUCUGAAAACCUAUCAAACUACUCAGGAGAACGACUGUUUGUUCUCGAUUCUCUUCUCUGAUAUUGGAAAGCAAUUCUACAAUCAAUUCGGAUGGGAGCCAUUCCCGUCAUCACAUGUCUCUAUGCCACCCACCACAUCUGCAAAUGUGAAGAAUUUACCCGUCGCUCGACCGCUGUACGAAGAAGAUUUGGAAGAACUGUGCAAGAUUGACGUUGCUGCUCUGAGACGGAGCUUGCAGUCUCGGCCCAAGGGCAGCAAGGCUGCCGUUGCGCUGACACCUGAUAUCGACACGAUUCGGUGGCACCAUGCGCGAGAAGAGUUUGUCGGAAUGGAGCUCCAUGGCAAGACACCAAAGAUCAAGGGGGCCAUGGUGACUACAGGAGAAGGCAAGCGAGUGUGGUGCUACUGGACACGCAUGUGGUACAACCCCAACACAGCCGAGGCGAAGGGCAAUACCUUGCACAUACUAAGACUGGCAAUCGACGACGCGAAGUCGAGGAUAGCCAUUAAUGGGGCUACCAACGGCCAAAGCAAUGGUCAAAGCAAUGGUCACACCAAUAGUGACGCCAAUGGCCAUACAAACGGCCAUGUCAACGACAAGUCGGGUGAUGAAAGUGAAGAAGCUGCUAUUGCAUCUCUACUGGCGAUGGCGCAACAUGAAGCAGAAGAAUGGAAGAUGGAGCACGUUGAGAUGUGGACGCCAUCGCCGAGCGCGCUGGCAGCAGCACGCAGAUUGCAUCCUUCGGCGGAAGUGAUUGACCGGGACACUGAGAGCAUAGCGUGUCUGCGGUGGUACCCCGACCAUGAUGGACCAGUCGCCGAUAGGAUUGACUGGGUGGGGAACGAGAAGUACGGAUGGUCGUGA